AAACUACCUUUAACCAGCCAACAAGAAAACAUUUUUGCCACAACCUCGGUACCGACAUCGGCUUUUACACAAAAUUUCCUCCUUUCCUUUUAAAAGAACCCAACUCUGAUCAUCAAUCGAAGUCAACGCUCAAAAUUCUGACAAACCCAUUUCCACAAACCCACCAAAAUGGAGUUCAACAAUUCCUCAUCUCCAAAAACCAUCCCUGUUUUCUCAACAUUUGCUUCACCAUUCGACAAGUCUUCUCCAGACCCCAAAGCCAACAAAAAGCCUAUAAGUUUAUGGCCUGGAAUGUACCAUUCACCUGUCACAAAUGCUUUGUGGGAAGCAAGGUCUCAAAUUUUUGAAACACUCCUUGACCCACCAAAAGAUGCUCCCCCACAAAGUGAAUUGCUCACCAAAACUCCUUCACAAAGCAGGACCAGUAUUUUGUAUAACUUUUCUAGUGAUUAUACUUUAAGAGAGCAAUAUAGAGAUCCUUGGAAUGAGGUCAGGAUUGGGAUGUUGCUUGAGGAUCUUGAUGCUUUGGCCGGUACCAUUUCGGUUAAGCAUUGCUCCAAUGAUGAUAGCAUCACAAGGCCGCUUUUAGUGGUUACUGCUUCAGUUGACAAGAUUGUACUGAAGAAGCCGAUUAGUGUUGACUUCGAUCUGAAAAUAGUUGGUACUGUCAUAUGGGUUGGUCGGUCAUCUAUUGAAAUUCAGCUUGAUGUCAUUCAGUCCACAAAAGAGGCCUCUGGUGCUUCUGACUCUCUAGUUCUGACAGCCAACUUCAUAUUUGUGGCACGUGACUCAGAGACUGGAAAAGCUGCUCCAGUUAACCGGAUAUCCCCACAAACUGAGCGUGAGAAGUUUCUGUUUGAAGAAGCUGAAGCUAGAAACAAAUUGAGGAAAAGAAAGAGAGGAGAUAGAAAAGAAUUAGAGAAUGGGGAGAUAAGUAGACUUGAAGCAUUGUUGGCUGAGGGUAGGAUAUUUUGUGACAUGCCAGCCUUGGCAGACAGAAACAGCAUUCUUCUAAGAGAUACCCGACUUGAGAACUCUUUAGUUUGCCAGCCACAGCAAAGGAACAUCCAUGGUCGUAUCUUUGGAGGGUUUUUGAUGCAUCGAGCAUUUGAGUUAGCAUUCUCAACUGCUUAUGCCUUCGCUGGACUGGUGCCUUGCUUUCUGGAAGUUGAUCAUGUUGAUUUUUUAAGACCUGUGGAUGUUGGAGACUUUCUGCGUUUCAAGUCUUGUGUUCUGUACACAGAACUUGAGAAUUCUGAUCAGCCUCUAAUCAACAUUGAAGUCGUUGCUCAUGUUACAAGACCUGAGAUCAGGUCAAGUGAGGUUUCAAAUACAUUCUAUUUCACAUUCACUGUCUGUCCAGAGGCAAAGGCCAGAACAAAUGGAUUUAGGAUUCGGAACGUGGUUCCAGGUACAGAGGAAGAAGCUCGUCGUAUACUCGAGCGCAUUGAUGCUGAGGCCUUGCAGUCAGGCAAAGCUCAAUGCAUGAACAAGGAGACAUAGUAUUUAGUUGGAUGAGAUUCCAGGCAGUGAAGUUUCCAGUCCUGGAAAACCUGGAAAAGUUUUAACACUUGAUAAUCCAACUAAGAAUUCUACUGAUUUGAUGCCACUUCAAUGUCUAUUAAGUUCCUGAUAAAGAUCUGUUUACUUAUUAGACAGAAUAAACUUGCAUUA